AUUCUCCGGGGCUGCUGAGUAUGCCCCGGAGCCCCACCUCCAGCGAGGAUGAAAUGGCUCAGAGCUGUUCAGACUACUCCGACGACUGCGCCUCCGACAGCUCCCGAGAAGAAACCAUCUACGAGACGAUAAAGGCCACGGCCGAGCAAUCUCAGAGCCGCAUGGAGGACAUCAGCACCAACUCGCUGGUCGUCCGCAUCCUCAUCCCCGACCUGCAGCAGUCGAAAUGCAUGCGGUUCAACCCGGAUGCAACCGUUUGGGUUGCAAAGCAGCGGAUCCUGUGCACGCUGAAUCAGACCCUCAAAGACGUGCUCAACUAUGGGCUUUUCCAGCCGGCCAGCAAUGGGAGGGACGGGAAGUUCCUGGAAGAAGAGCGCAUUUUCAGAGAGUACCCUCAGCCAAUCACCAAGGGGGUCCCAUCCCUGGAGUUCCGCUACAAGAGCAGAGUCUACAAGCAACCCGAUGUGGACGAGAAACAGAUUGCCAAACUUCACACAAAGGCCAAUCUGAGGAAGUGCAUGGACCUCAUCCAACAUAAUCAGGUGGACAAAGUGUUGAAGCUGCUGGAGAGAGGCUUCGAUCCAAACUACCAUGACAGUGAGACUGGUGAGAGUCCGCUGACAUUUGCCGCUCACCUGGACAACAUGGUGGAGAUGAUCAAGGUUUUGAAGAAUGGAGGCUCUCACCUGGACUUCAGAGCUAAAGACGGCAUGACGUCUCUGCACAAAGCCGCUCGCUCCAAGAACCACGUCACACUCACGACGCUGCUGGAGUUAGGGGCUUCUCCGGACUACAAGGACAGUCGUGGUCUGACCCCUCUGUACCACAGUGUGGUGGGGGGGGGGGACCCCGGCUGCUGCGAGCUGCUGCUCAACCACCACGCCUCCGUCUGCUGCCAGGACGAGAACGGCUGGCACGAGGUUCACCAGGCUUGCCGUCAUGGCCAUGUUCAGCAUCUGGAACACCUGCUGUUCUACGGAGCAGACAUGAGCGCCCAGAAUGCAUCAGGAAACUCGGCCCUACACAUAUGUGCCCUAUACAACCAGGAUAACUGUGCCAGAGUGCUGCUGGUUCGUGGAGCCGACAAAGACGUGAAGAACUACAACAGCCAGAGUCCAUUUCAGGUCGCCAUUAUUGCUGGGAACUUCGAGCUUGGAGAACUCGUGAAGAACCACAAAGAGACAGAUAUAGUGCCUUUCCGCGAGGCUCCCUCCUACUCUAAGCGGCGCCGCGGUCAGUCGUCUGGCGGGAACGACCUCUCGCCCUCGUCCUUAUCGGCACCGCGGGUCCUCCUGCGCUCCAACAGCGACAACAACCUGAACGUCAGUCAGUACCAGCAGCAGCAGCAGCAGCAGCAGCAGCAGCACGGCUCCUCUGUUACCUGGGCCCCGCCCCACCUGCAGCCCCCCCCCUCCCACAGGGGCCCCCCCCAGCCUGGCGGCCCCCCCUCUCUUCACCGCAGCCUGUCUCCCCAGCUGCUCCAGCAGAUGCCCAGCAGCCCCAAUGGGAACGUGGUGGUGCGGACGAUGGGGCGGGGGGCGAGGAGCCGGUCUCCCUCCCUCAGCCGGCUGGGGGAGGAGGCCCGGAGGGGGGGGGUGUCCACACAGAGGCAGCAGCCCAGUCCCAGCAGUCACGGCGAGGGGGGGGGCAGCCGGAGGAAGCUGUACAGCGCGGUUCCUGGAAGACAUUUCGUUGUGGUCCGUCCGUACAUCGCCCAGGGCGAGGGAGAACUAACCCUCUACAAGAGCGACAGGGUCAAAGUUCUGAGCAUCGGAGAGGGGGGGUUCUGGGAGGGCAGCGCCAGAGGUCAGAUGGGAUGGUUUCCAGCCGACUGUGUGGAGGAGGUCCCGGCCAAGACCUCCGACGAGAGGAGCUAUUCCCGAGCGGACCGAGCUGACAGGAGGAAACUCUUCAGACAUUACACCGUCGGAUCCUACGACAGCUUCGACGCUUCCAGUGACUGCGUGGUGGACGAGAAGUCGGUGGUGCUCCAGAAGAAGGAGAAUGAGGGAUUUGGCUUCGUGCUGCGAGGGGCAAAAGCGGACACGCCCAUCGAGGAGUUCACUCCCACGCCCGCCUUCCCCGCCCUGCAGUACCUGGAGUCGGUGGACGAGGGGGGGGUGGCCUGGCAGGCGGGGCUCCGGACGGGGGACUUCCUCAUCGAGGUGAACCAGGAGAACGUGGUGAAGGUGGGCCACAGACAGGUCGUCAACAUGAUCCGACACGGGACGAACCGGCUGCUCAUCAAGGUGGUGACCGUCAGCCGGAACCUGGACCCCGACGACACGGCACGCAAAAAAGGCCCCCCCCCUCCGAAAAGAGCCCCCACCACAGCGCUGUCGAUGCGCUCCAAGUCGAUGACCUCUGAACUCGAGGAACUAGACAAAGUUGAAGAGAUGACCCACGCCCAGAAGACGUCGCCUGUCGAUAUGAAGAUCGCCACCAUCAAACCACGGCCAUCCAGUCGCUGUUUGGUGACAGCAGCUGAUAUCAAUUCAUUAUAUCAUGACCGCCAGGGAGUAGCAGUGGUGCCACCCACUGUGCCGGGGGCUUUCCUGGGUCUACCUGAGAAGAGCACUUUGAAAAAGCAGAAGUCCAUAGGUACAUCGGAGGACGACAAACAUGGAUUCCUCACGCCUCCCUUACUCAAGUUUGCCCGCAGCCUCUCCAUGCCCGACACCUCAGAGGACAUCCCUCCUCCCCCAGCCAUUUCACCCCCUUCUCCACCUGACUUCAACUCUGGUCCAACACCCAAGAGCUACGGCACCACACGACCCAGCUUCACCCAGAACUCAGCCAAUGCGGUGAAGACCAUUAGCCGAACAACCGACGCCGGUACGUUACGGCGCGGCUAUUACCGGCAGAGCUCUGAGCAGUUUGACUCGCGCAUUCGAGGGCGCGCUCCAGUACCGGAGAACCCUUACUCCGAGGUGGGCAAUAGGAACCUGUACGUGCCAGCCAAACCAGCUCGAAGGAAGGGCAUGCUUGUAAAACAGCACAACGUUGAGGAUAGUCCGGAGAAAAAGAGUCACAUGUCAUCAAACCUAUCGGGCGCGGUUUCCAUGCCUACUACGCCUGUAGAACGAACUUGCUCCUCCAUUCCCAUCCCCACCAUCAUCAUCAAGGAGCCCUCCACCAGCAGCAGUGGCAAGAGCAGCCAGGGUAGCAGUAUGGAGAUCGAGCCCACCACCCCCGAACACCCUCCUCUCAUGCCUGUUGGUGGUUUGCGUCCCGAAGACCCGUCUUUAGGCAACCCCUUUGCAGCAGCUAUUGCUGGGGCAGUAAGGGACCGGGAGAAGAGGCUAGAGGCAAAAAAGCACUCAAUCGCCUUCCAGUCAAUAGAUAUUGGGGAUGAUGACUUCGGUAGUCCUACACCGACCCCUCGUCUUCGCCAUUCUAAGUCCAUCGAUGAAGGCAUGUUUAGCGAUGAGAGGCUUCGAAGGAUAUUGGGUCCCCCUGCACAGCUUGGUCGUCCUGUCGGGGGAGGUAGUGGCAACAUGACAGAUUUCAACACUCCUGAGCCCACAGUGGUUCGGGAGCCUCUAAACACCAGAACAGGCCAGUGUCCCAACCUGGACAGUCCCGUUAGUCUCCCAUCCACACCUCCUAAGAGCCACUACAGGUCAAACGGGACUUACCUCCAUCCGGUUACAGGCAAACCCCUGGAUCCUAAUUCCCCUCUUGCUUUGGCCCUGGCAGCUCGUGACCGGGCGAUGAAGGAGCAACAGAACCAUCCUCAGAAUCAGCCAACAAAUCCUCCUCAGGUUCAGCAAACGCCCAAACACGAAGCCCAGUCCCUCCCAAGUCAGCCAAGCCACAAACCAGACCUCAAUCAACCGCUGUUUAUUGACACCAAACUACGCUCGGGGAUCGAGACAAGUUUUGCCGCAAUCUCAUCAGCAACCAUGGGGCGGCCGAGUCGAGGCGGUCUGCGGAGACAAAUGACGGAGCAGAAGUAUGAGUCUGAUGGGGCACGGGAAGAACGAAAGCAUCAGGCAGUUGAGGAGAGGAAAAGUGCGCCAGCGGAUGUGUCGGAUUUAUCACAGCAGUUAACUGGACUGUUGAUGGUCCACACCAGCAACGAAGCAAGCAACAAGGGAAACAACCAAGAGGUGGAGGGGCAGGACAGCAACAGGCCAUCGGAGCUGAAGGACCCCAACCAACCGGAUCCUCACAACGCUUCGUCACUGUCCCCCAAUCCCCAACCAACCUCAUUAAGGAGGAGGAGCAUGCCCUUGAAUGAGUCCAUUGACGAACCAGUAAAACUGCCCUUCCGCAUCCCACCACCCCCUCUCGCAUCAGUUGACAUCGAUGAGGAAUUUGAAUUCUCGGAUCCCCUCCCACCACCGCUGGAGUUUGCCAACAGUAUCGACAUUCCUGAUGAUCAGGCGAGUGCCAUUGCAGAGAUGAUUCAGCAACAGAGACGAAAUGGGGGUCCUAUUCUACCACCGUACCACCCUCACGCCCCGCCACCUGUCACUGAGCAACACAAACGGGUUGCAAACAACAUGCCACCCUCAUAUCCUCCCCCUCCACCGGAUUUGGAGUCAGGGGUGGGUGACUCGGGCAUCGAGGAGGUAGACAGCCGCAGUAGCGGGGAUCCUCAGCACAUGGAGACAACCAGCACCGUUUCCAGCAUCUCCACCCUGUCGUCAGAGGGGGGUUUCUGCGACAGUGCUCUGGAGAGCCUCUACGCCACCGCAGACGGACACGCCUUCCUGGUGGACCGGCCCCCUGUGCCCCCCAAACCCAAGGGCAAGUCCGUCAUCAACAGAACAUCGCUUUAUCAUGACGCUCUCAUUGAAGAGCCCCCGGAGUCCUAUGGAUCCCCGCCUCAGGAUCCUCCCCCUCCUCCUUCAUCCUCUGAACCUCCUAGGACUCCUACUCAAAGGAUAUCCAAGCUGUGGGGCGAUCAGCCGCCAGAGCUGCGCAGUCCCCCAUCAACACCAGACUCCAAGAACACCGUCAUCACCGAGCUGAGCUCCAUCCUGCAGCAAAUGAAUCGCGACAGGCCAGCCAAGCCAGGAGAAAGCCUCGACUCCCCCACAGGGACCAGGGGGGGCUUCGGAACAAGGCCUCCAGCAGACGACUCAGGGAUGCGUGAUGCGGCGACCCCCAUGGCCUCGCCCCCCCCCAGCAGCCUCCCCUCCCAGACGCUCCCCUGCAGCCCCCCUGACUCCGCCUCCUCUCUCACGCCCUGCUCCUCCCUGCCUCCCUCCGUCUCGCCCUCCCUCACCGACGUCUUCGGCCUCCCCACCCCCCCCAUGGGCAGCGGCGGGGGCUACAGUCUCAGUUCCUCGUGUGGAGGAAGUGGAAGUUCUCGCUCCCCGUCUCCUCUCACUCUCCUUCAGGCCGUGGCAGCGUCUGGGAAACCUUUCGCCUCCAAACCCAUGGAGCUGUGGAGCAAACUGGACGUGGCCGACUGGCUGGAGAGUCUGAAUCUGGGGGAGCACCGCGACGCCUUCCUGGACAACGAGAUCGAGGGCGCACACCUGCUGUCGCUGCAGAAAGAAGACCUCAUAGACCUGGGCGUCACCAGGGUGGGACACCGCAUGAACAUCGAGAGGGCCCUGAAGCUGCUGCAGGACAGAUAAACCCCGA